AUGCCUUCUCAAAAACGUCUAUCCAAUGAAUCCACCUGUCCUACGCCCGCGCGGAAGCGUCAAAAACCUAGCACUCCUCCCAAACCAUCCCAAACAGAUAGUGGCGACAUCGACGGAACAUCCUCAUCGACACCCUGGAAGCCGCCCAAGACAAAGAAGACAGACAUAGAGCGCUCGAUCAACUUCGUGGGUGCCACGGUCCCACCCAAUCUUAAGCCCAAAGACAUCUACAAGCACCACGAUAGAAUCCUCUGGCAGGGACCCAACGGCCCGCCCGUAUACGACGGGCUCGGGCACAAGCUCAGCUACGAGAAGCUAAAGCCGACUAUGACUCGGCGCCGGUACAACCCGGUGAGGCACAUGAGAUAUCUCGAGGGCGAGAUGGAGAAAUCCAACCGCAUAAGGGAGAUUAUGGGGCAGCCUGACAGCACUAAUACCCUGGUGGAGAUGGCAUGGACAAACAGGGUAGCUAGGGAUCUGGACAUUCCGUUCCACACUGUUGGCGUGCUCGAAUAUGAGGAGUGGCGUCGAAGGGGUGUCAGACUUGAGCCUGGGGAGCUUCGGUAUCAGCCGUCGAAGCAGGGAGUACAGCGCCUUUUCACGUCGGAAGAGGGUAUAGCUUUCACAGAGUAG